AUGGCAUCAAAGAUUCUUGUGAACAUGCAGAUUAUUAAAGAAACCUUUUUCCACAUUCCCAUAACAAAGAUGUGGUAUGAAUAUGAUUACAUGCCUAUAUUUUGGUUUACAUGGCAUGAUGAUUAUACACAGCAUAUUAUUGCCCGUGAGCUUUCUAAUCUCCCUAAGACCCAUGACUGGCAUCUGGAAACAUCCUCAUCUGAAGAUCCUGAAGAUUCAACCAGGUUUUCAAAACAGGCACCUGACAGGAAUUUGGAAAAAGAUGUGAGCUUUGCCAAUACCCCUCAACAAUACCUUACCUACCUGGAUAUUCUUUCUCAGUCUGGCACUCCAAAUUUAUAUACAACAAUAAAUGCCAACAAAUCCCCUUUUAAGGUUGGCAACAUUCCACCAAGGUCCAUGAUCAAUUAUAUGAUGCAGAAUUCUAAAGGAAAAACACCUGCUAUGACCUUUUCUGUACCUGUCCAUUCAAAGUAUAUUGAAAACAUUCCUGCGAGGAGCUUCAGCAAAUCACAGAUGGAUACAUUUCAACUAAAACCUGAAGAAAAAUUAGACAGGAAAGAUUUAUUGAUGACACUUAAUGCAUAUAUCACUCAGAAGUUAUCAGCCAAAAACCUUGAUGAAGAUUCAUCUGUUAGCAGGACUAAAGGAAUUUAUCCUUAUGACAAUAGGGUUAAACCUCUUCACAUUGACCAGUUUGAUGGAAUAAGAUCCAAAGAAAAGCUAGCAGGUUUUGAGAUGAAACCACAGUUUUUACAGAGGCCAGUAUCAGGACUGGUGUCUGGAACUACACAGAAUGAUCUGAAGCUUUCUCUAACUCCAAUAGAUGAAAUAUUUAUUCAAGAUGUUCUGAGAGACCUGAAGAAACAUCAUGUAGAUGUAGAUAAGUUGAGCUCACUGGAGCUAGACAAGAUGGCCGAUAUCAUUGCUGAAGCUGUUCAAAUCGUUGAUACAAAUGGAGACAAGAACAAUGCCCCUGGGAAGGUUGAAGGAGAGAGAACUGCAACAGGAGUGGAUGCAGAAGGAGAAAAAAAAUAUGAAAUGGGAGAGAAUGAAGGUUUCCACAUGCGAGAUAAGGGGGCAUGGAACAUUGAUGCUGAAGUUACAAAAGAGGAGGACCAUCUAGAUUCAAAAAUACUAGAUUUCCCGAGUAAAAAUAUAGUUCCUGAAAAUCUGUCAUGGUCAUAUUUGUCCAAAGAACCCUUUAAAACAGAAAUGAAAAAAUCAGAUGAUUUAGAUCUUUUGUCUUCAUCUGAAGAGGUCAAGGUUGGGAUUGAAAAUGUGAAGAGUGAAACCUUCUCAAGAGAACUAAUUGCCCCCCAAAAAGCAGAGUUUGAACCCAGGUCCAAGGAACCAAAUGAGCUUCAUCACUGGAUUAAGAAUAUGUGGCUUCAAGAUGAAAGUGUUUAUGAAGCAACUCAAGAAAAGAUCGGAGAAGGCCUCAAGUUAGAUGCAAAGUCUUCCAAAGUGGAAGAAUAUGGCUACAUCAUGACAAAGAAAGACCCACUGAGUGAAGAAAAAGGUUUGGACUUAAUAAAGGAAGUUGCUGGUCUUCUGAAGCUCCAGAUGACAGCAUUUGCUGAUAUCAACAUGUUGGGGCCAGCUGUGACCUUCAAAGUACACCCAAAUGAUCUUGGUAUCACCACUGCUGAUGUUGUCAGAAUAGCGGCUGACAACAAAAGUGUGCUUGAAAAAGAUACAGGAUUGGAAAUAUUGAAGAUUGGCAUGGAGAAGAAAAACAAGCUGGAACUUUUGCCUCACCAUGCUCAGGAAGAGAAAGAUACCACCAAAUUUAUCAUACUGACACUCCUCUCCAUUGCUUGCAUUUUGGGAGUCCUUAUGACUUCUGGAGUGAUCUACUGCCUCCGCCAUGGCUCUCAUCACAAACUAAAGGAGAAGUUGAUAAGCCUAGGCUCUGAUCCCAGCUCGGAUGCUACUGCCACUUAUCAGGAAUUAUGCCGUCAGCGUAUGGCGGUGAAAACAUCAGAUUGUUCAGAACCUCUACAUGCUUCUCGUAUUAAUAGCAUAUCUUCACAAUUUAGCGAUGGACCUAUUCCAAGUCCUUCUACUCGAAGCAGCACUUCAUCCUGGUACGAAGAACCGGUCCAGUCUAAUAUGGACAUCUCCACUGGACACAUGAUAUUGGCCUACAUGGAAGAUCAUUUGAAAAACAAGAAUCGCCUAGAAAAAGAGUGGGAAGCACUUUGUGCAUAUCAAGCUGAGCCUAAUGCAACUACCAUUGCCCAUAAGGAAGAAAAUGUCCAGAAAAACCGCUCUCAAGUUAUAGUAGCAUAUGAUCAUUGCAGGAUAUGUUUGAAAGCUGAAAAUAGUCAUGACAAUUCAGACUACAUCAACGCAAGUCCAAUUAUGGACCAUGAUCCUAGAAACCCUGCAUAUAUAGCUGCCCAGGGACCAUUGCCUUCUACUGUCACAGACUUCUGGCAGAUGGUCUGGGAAAACGGCUGUGUAGUUAUUGUCCUGCUGACCCCUCUCACCGAAAAUGGACUCAAACAGUGCUACCACUAUUGGCCAGAUGAAGGGUCAAAUCUCUACCAUAUCUAUGAGGUAAAUCUGGUUUCUGAACACAUCUGGUGUGAAGACUUCCUUGUAAGAAGUUUUUACUUGAAAAAUCUCCAAAGCAAUGAGACUAGGACAGUAACCCAGUUCCAUUACCUUACCUGGCAUGAUCAACAAGUUCCUGCAUCCACAAGAUCCCUUCUGGAUUUUCGCAGAAAAAUAAACAAGUGCUACAGGGGCCGUUCUUGUCCAAUAGUUGUGCAUUGCAGUGAUGGUGCAGGAAGAACUGGAACCUACAUCCUAAUUGAUAUGGUUCUCAAUAAAAUGGUCAAAGGUGCUAAAGAAAUUGAUAUUGCUGCUACUCUGGAGCAUUUGAGAGAUCAAAGACCUGGAAUGGUCCAGACAAAGGAACAGUUUGAGUUUGCCCUGACAGCAGUUGCAGAAGAAGUGAACGCAAUACUCAAGGCACUUCCACAGUGAGCAGCCUGUGGUCUGUUGCUUGGAGGUUCCCAGUGUGGCUGAGUGGUCUCUCUCUCGCUCUCCCUUUCAUUAUUCCUGGUCCCUGUGAAUAUUGUUGGAAAUGUGACCUGAUUCUAAUUGUGUGUCUGCUGUUGUAACUACAUCUUGAUUGGUCCUUUUUAAAUC